UGGUCGAGUGCCAUUGGGUCGCCCAAGUGCAGCCGGCCUCCUUCCCCCUCCUGCUCGUCCUUUCCUUUUCCUCCGCGCCGACGCCCUUCAGCCUUUUCCUCAGAGAGUGGCGCGCGCUCCUGCCUGCCUUCUUGCCUCGCGCCCUCUGCUUGUCUCGCGCCGCUGAGGGGAACCACCACCGCCGCCGCCAUGUACCGCUGCUUAGGGGAGCUCCUCGCGCCCGCUCGCGCCGCCGCCGCCUCGGCCGGGGAACCCUGCGCGUCUGCCGCCGGGGCCUUGCUUUCAGGAACCGGGACCCCCCGCAGCAGUAGCAACAGCAGCCGGCGGCGCUACAGCCAAGCGGUGGAGCGGGAGGACGACCCCAACUUCUUCAAGAUGGUGGAGGGCUUCUUCGACCGCGGCGCCGGCAUUGUGGAGGACAAGCUGGUGGAAGGGCUGCGCACCCGCGAGAGCCCCGAGGAGAAGCGGCACCGCGUCCGAGGCAUCCUCCGCAUCAUCAAGCCCUGCAACCACGUGCUCAGCGUCUCCUUCCCCAUCAAGCGCGACAACGGCGAGUGGGAGGUGGUCGAGGGCUACCGGGCCCAGCACAGCCAGCACCGCACCCCCUGCAAGGGAGGUAUUCGUUACAGUACAGAAGUAAGUGUUGAUGAAGUAAAAGCCCUGGCUUCUCUAAUGACAUACAAAUGUGCAGUGGUUGAUGUACCAUUUGGUGGUGCAAAGGCAGGUGUCAAGAUCAAUCCUAGGAAUUAUACAGAUAAUGAAUUGGAAAAAAUCACAAGACGGUUUACCAUGGAGCUAGCAAAGAAAGGUUUUAUUGGGCCUGGUGUUGAUGUACCUGCUCCUGACAUGAGCACAGGUGAAAGGGAGAUGUCCUGGAUUGCAGACACCUAUGCCAAUACCAUAGGUCACUAUGAUAUUAAUGCCCAUGCCUGUGUCACAGGAAAGCCAAUCAGCCAGGGUGGCAUACAUGGCCGCAUCUCUGCUACAGGUCGUGGAGUCUUCCACGGAAUUGAGAACUUCAUUAAUGAAGCAUCGUAUAUGAGCCUCUUGGGAAUGACUCCAGGAUUUGGGGAUAAGACAUUUGCUAUCCAGGGCUUUGGCAACGUAGGUCUGCAUUCUAUGAGAUACCUUCAUCGCUAUGGUGCAAAAUGUGUUGCCAUUGGAGAAAAGGAUGGUGCUAUCUGGAAUCCUGAUGGACUUGACCCCAAAGAGCUGGAAGAUUACAAAUUGCAACAUGGAUCAAUCCUCACCUACCCGAAGGCACAACCCUUGGAUUGCCACAUCUUGGAAGCAGAUUGUGACAUCCUCAUCCCAGCUGCCAGUGAGAAGCAGUUAACAAAGGCCAAUGCCCAUAAGGUCAAAGCAAAGAUAAUUGCAGAAGGUGCCAAUGGACCCACAACUCCAGAAGCAGAUAAAAUCUUCUUGGAACGAAAUAUCAUGGUUAUUCCAGAUCUUUAUUUAAAUGCUGGUGGAGUGACUGUGUCUUACUUUGAGUGGCUGAAGAACCUGAAUCAUGUCAGUUAUGGUCGGUUGACCUUUAAGUAUGAAAGGGACUCUAACUACCACUUGCUAAUGUCGGUCCAGGAAAGUUUGGAAAGAAAGUUUGGGAAGCAUGGUGGGAGUAUUCCAGUUGUGCCUACUGCAGAAUUCCAGGACAGGAUAUCUGGUGCAUCCGAAAAAGACAUUGUACAUUCUGGCUUGGCCUACACCAUGGAACGUUCUGCUAGGCAAAUCAUGCGUACUGCGAUGAAGUACAAUCUAGGCCUAGACCUGAGAACCGCUGCCUACGUCAAUGCCAUUGAGAAGGUUUUCAAGGUGUACAAUGAAGCCGGCCUGACCUUCACAUAAAUGGAUAGCCUGCCUUCGCCUGACAGCCUCUCGUGUGCCCUCUUCAGAAAGCUUAUGACAAGUUUACAUAUAACCACAGACGUCCCUCUCAUCUUUUCUCAUAACUGUAGUGUAGAUAAUUCUCUGUUAACUACGGUUCAAACUAGUCCUCCCUUUUUCUAACAAAGUGAAAAGAAAUCCACUGAUUUAGGGCUUCGUGCCAAGAGAUAUUGUAGAUAACCAGUUCAUCUGCACUUGGUGGGGCCGGGGGUAUUAGGGUUUUUUUUUUCACCUUGAGAUUUAAAAAGGUACCUUUUUAUUGUAUGGAUCUGUGGUCUUGCCACAAUAAGCAACCCAGAAAUGCUUCAUAUCACACAUAUAACUGUGUACCUUUGGAGAAACAGCUUAACUCUUCAUGCACUUUGGUUUCAGAAAAUAAUGUAACUCUCUUAGCUUUGGCACUUUUGAUUAAGGCCUUGGAUGUUCAAUGCAGUGGCAUUAUCGAAGACAGAACGGGCCUUCUGCAGGGAAUAACGUCAAUAGGAUUCUCAUUUUUACACUUAACCGAACCGUUGGCCUGGUUCACGUUAGGCAAUGUGUGUUUCUUUUUGUAAUCUGUGCUCCUUUUACAAGGCUGCCUUUAAAUCAUGUACUCAGUCUCAGUUUUACUACAGUGUGCACAUAUAAAACGAUGUGUUCCGGGAGUUAGUAUUUUUAUAAAACGAAGCAGUAUCAUUGUUGUACAGACGUCCAAUGAAAAUGACUUGUUUAUCCUUGACUAUCCAUUUUCCUUGCAUGUUUGUUAAAGAAUAGCCCUUACUUGAGCAUCACGUUAGGUAGUCCAAAGAAUUUAUGUCACUCUUCAGUCAUAUCAUGUGUUUUAAUUUCUGAGGUGUUUUAGCGUUAGCUAUUACCUCCGAGAACAAUUCAAGCAGAAGUAAUCAUUGGCAGCAAGAGGGCAGGCUUCUUUUUUGCUAUGAACUGCAUAGGGUCUUAACAUUUUGAUUUUCUACACCCUUCAUUUGGAAAUUUUCCGUAUUCUGACCAUAAACGAUUUAAUAAAGAAGGCCUUGAAGCAAAAAUUGGAUCACAUGGUUAUUAUAGGGGAUUUUUGACAAGAAUCUUUGUCUGGAAGAGUCCUAUAAAGUGCCCGGAUAUAUUUAUGUAAUGAAUAUGAAUGUUUUGUUUUUUAAAAAACAAAUACAAGCCCUCCCAGAAGCUCAUGCUUUUUUUCUAGCUACUUUGUAACUCAUGACAUAACAUGACAACAAAAGCAAUUAUUAAAAGUUGACUUUCCAAAA